AUGACCGGCUGGACGAAGAAAUUCGGCGGCCUGUUUCGCCCAACACCAAGCGAUGGCGGAUCGGGCUCGAAGCGAAAGAUUGAAAUUUCGGAGCCACUACGGCAAGUGGGUGGCACCUCAGUCGAUCAUGUCCAAUCGUUGGUUCAAAUAAGCGAUCAUCUGCUCGAAAUCGAGAAAUCGGCCAAGUACAUGAACAAACUUAUCGAGAAGAAUCAAAAAGAGCUGAUCCCGCAAGUAGUGACGUUGAUCAUCGACACGGUCCAGAAAAUGCUCGACGACAUCGUCGUCAUCGUCGGCCGCCAUCCUGAAAUCAGUAACAAUGACCAGUGGACUGACUUUUUCGAAAGCAGACAACAAGAGGCACGCAAUUAUCUCGCCGCCCUGGUCAAGCUUUCCGAUAGUUCCUCAGAAAUCAGUCACGAUGACACUCAAAUGACUCAAGAAAUGGUGCUCAAGCUUCAGAAAGUGCUGCGAAAUAUAAUCGACUACGCGCGUUUAACAUUCCCAGAAACUCUUCAACCGAUGUCUCCUUCAAAUGCCUUCAGAAAAUCGCUCCAUGCUUCUAUAGAAAAUCUUGAAUAUCUAGGAAGCGGGGAAAUACCACGUGCUCGUGGUCUGAGGCGUAGUAAUAUCAGAAGAUCUUUUCGUACAAUAUCAAGGAAGACAAAAGAGCUUAUAAGCUCAACGUCUUCUAUUCGCCCUCCAUCCAUGGAACGUCCUAGUAAUGGAAGUGUAAAAAGAAGGCCAGUCACUGGAAGAAGCAGAUCUGUUGUUGGCAGACAGCGCUCCAACCAGUCUGAUAUUUCAGAGGGAAUUACUUUUCUCAGUCUGAACUCUGCGGACAUUCAACUCGAGUCUGAUAGGUCGAACAUCGAUGUUAGAUACUCGAAUGAUCAAUUCGCGACCAUGGGAACUUCAAGUCCCCUUGGAAGCAAUUAUUCCCGUCCAUUAUCGAGUAAUUCGUAUGGUGAUUUACUUUCUACAAGCGGAUCCUCUGGUCGCUUUGUCGGCGGCAUCGAUGUUGUCGUCGACGGUCCCCCAAUUCUUCCCGAAAAAGGACUUCCGCCCAUUCUUCCUCCAAAAAGAACAAGCCACUCGGUGGCUUGA